CUGUUUACUAUUGAUGCCUGUCUACUGUUCAUACUUUUUAAACGAGUAACCAAACUCCCAUAGUAAAUAUAGAUGGUGCUGUUCGAAUGUCCCUUUCACAUUUUCCACAUUGGAAAACUGUCAAGAUCGGGGCAUUUUAUACACACAUAUAUCCACCAUACACACCAAUUCACCCGGGAUAUUCUUCUUACAGUGAUUGUACAUUGUACAAAAACCACUCUGUUCCGAACUACACAUAAUUACGCAUCCAAUUUACAUUUUCAAAAAUUAAAGUGAUAAUAAAAAUUAAUUUUAUUAACAGUUCGUUUAUCUGUUUAUGCAUCCCGACCGGUUGUAAACUAUCGUUUUGAGCAAAGUAAAAUAAAUUUCAACAUAAAAAAAAAUCGUUUUAGGUGAAGAAGAGAUACGGAUUUUUUUUUUAAACAAAUGUUCCUCUACUAUCAAAGUACCAAUAAUUGUUCAGCUGGAGAGUUGUGUCGGAUUCAGCGGCAGUAGUAGGAUGCUAUGUAUCGCGCAUAGUAGGUUGAUUGUUUUUAAUAUUUUUUUGUGUGUUCGGUGUGUUGAAAAGUUUAAUAAAAACGGGGAAUUUGUUUCUUUGGGAUAAAUUGUUAUAAAUCAGUAACAAAUGUUCGCUUAAUCGCACGUAACAUUUUGUUUAGAACGAAAGAAAAACAGCAUAAAAUUUGGUGGAUUUGGUGGAGCAAAAGUGUAUUAAGAUUCGGCAACAAAGUUAUUCUAUUUUUUUUUUGGAAAGAAAAAAGGAAAAUCGAAAAUGUGUGGGCUGCUUUUUCUCUUCUCUCUGGAUUUUCCCGUGAAAAACGAAAAUUUAAGAAAGAAAAGGCUACCAUCCGUGUCCACCAUAUAGAGAAAAAAAAAAAACAAAAAUAAAAAGAUUUGUCAUUCAUAUCAGUGCAAAGAAUUUUUUUUUAAAUUUUAUUUUUCAUUAAAAAGCACCCCUUUACUGCGGUGUGAAGAUUUUCAUAAUUGUCUGAAUAAUACCAGAAGUUGUGACUGAACGAAUAAAACACAAAAUUUAAAUGAGGAUUCCAGUUUUGUGAGUUUCCUAUUAUGUAAAGUGCAAAAAAUAGAACACAAAAAAUAGAAGAAGAAUAAAAAAAAACGAACAGGAAAAAUUAUACCAAGUAACAGUUCAAGUGAACCUAGAAGAGAACUUUUUUUACCUCUCCAUGUUAUGUACUGUGCAGUGCACCCUAAUAAACUGUAUGGAUGGGGGUUUAUCAUCAUAUCGUGUACAAGUAUGAAAAAAAGAAUUGUGUGGUAAAACUUAAAUCUGCAUUCCGUAUUAAAUACUACACACAUGCAUAAUGCAUGGCAAUGAUGAAUGACAUCAAGUGGAGAAAGACUUUAAUCACAUAAAAAUGAUGAGAUUAAUUAGAAAAUUGCAGUUUUGUUGAUCGAGAGACAUAAUUGACGGUGGUGUAUAGUGGCAAUUUCUAAUUAGGUCUAUAGUACAACAAAAUGGUAACUAUGACUUCAGAAUCAAAUUCAGACAAAGCGUCGUCUUCAUUAACGAAAAAGUCGAACGUACUGACAGCACCGACAGCUUCAAUAAGUGAGGUUGCACCUAACAUUUUAGUUUACAAGAAGAUGGAAGCAAUAAUUGAAAAAAUGCAAGGAGAAAAUGGCGGUGUAUCCGUACGUACAGUAAAGGCUUUCAUGAGAAAUUGGCCGUCCGUGUUUACUGGAUCCGAUUUGAUAUCGUGGAUAUUGAAAAAUUUAGAAGUUGAAGAUGUGACGGAUGCUUUACAUUUAGCAUAUUUACUGUCUUCUCAUGGCUACUUAUUUCCGAUUGACGAUCAUGCACUAACAGUUAAAAACGAUGGGACUUUUUAUAGAUUUCAAACACCUUACUUUUGGCCGUCAAAUUGUUGGGAACCUGAAAAUACUGACUACGCUGUGUACUUGUGUAAAAGAACUAUGCAAAAUAAGACACGUCUAGAAUUGGCUGAUUACGAAGCUGAAAAUUUAGCUCGACUUCAAAAAAUGUUUUCGAGAAAAUGGGAGUUUAUAUUUAUGCAGGCCGAAGCACAAAGUAAGGUAGACAAAAAGCGUGAUAAACUUGAACGGAAGGUGCUCGACUCACAGGAGCGAGCAUUUUGGGACGUUCAUCGUCCGAUGCCGGGUUGUGUGAAUACUACCGAAAUGGAUAUAAAGAAAGCUUACCGACGAGGAGCUAGCAGUCACGGUAGUGGCUCGUCCGGUGCGGCAGUUAAUAAUAAUCCCAUCGAGCAAAUAAAUCGUUUGAUUUCGUUAAGAAAAAUGAAGUUAGAACGCCGAACCAUUAAAGUGUCCAAAGUGGCAGAAUCUUUAAUUUCAUACUACGAACAAUAUAGUGAGUACGAUCACUUCUUAACGUCACCAGAAUUGCCAAAUCCUUGGAUAACAGACAAUACGGAAUUGUGGGAUGUGGAUAAGAAUAGCAGAGAUGUGCCAUUAAGACGGGUGAAACGAUGGGGAUUUGAUUUAAGGGAAUUGUUAAAUGAUCCAGUUGGUCGUGAGCAGUUUACACGUUUUCUGGAAAAGGAGUAUAGCGGAGAGAAUCUAAAGUUUUGGGAAUCGGUGCAACAAAUGAAAGCCCUUCCGCAGUCUGAGGUAAAAGAAGCCGUAAAUAAUAUUUGGAAAGAGUAUCUCGGUCCAGACGCACCGUGUCCGGUGAAUGUAGACUCUAAAUCAGUGGAAUUGGCCCGUGAAGCAGUGCACACGACUGGGGCGCCGAAUCGUUGGUGCUUCGAUGUGGCUGCCUCGCAUGUAUACCAUUUAAUGAAAAGUGAUUCAUAUUCAAGAUAUUUGCGGUCCGAUAUGUACAAAGAGUAUUUAAAUGGCUCAAAGAAGAAGACAUCAGUUAGAGGAAUACGAUCAAUAGUUUCAUUUUCCGGCAGAAAAGAUCCUGUGGUAUCCUAAAUAUUAAAUAAUAAAUAAAAUAAAGAAAGUAAAUUGAGUAUAAUACAUUAAAACACAACCCGCAAUUCCAAAAAUGAAAAAUAAUAAAACGUACAUUUUUAGAUAAUUUUAUCAAAUAAUAUAUUUAAAAGAAAAGAAAUCGUAUUUAAUGAGACAAGAAAAAAAUUCAUAAAUAAAAAAAAAUCCAA